AUGGCCCGACCGCUGCCGCGCCUUGCACGCACCCCGCUCGCCCCGCUGGCCGCCAACGUCGCCGCCGGCCAGCCGCCCACCGCCGCCGCCGCUGCUGCCAAGCGCCCCGCUGUCGCUGCCGCUGCCGCUACCGCCGACCCCGCUGCUGUGCGGCCCGCCCUCGCCAUGCGUGCUGCUGCUGCCGCUGCUGCCCUCGCCAUCGACGACGAGGUUUUCAUCGGCCCCGUCGGCUCGGCCGAGAAGCGCGCCGCCGCCGCCCUUGGCUCGGCGCCGACCCCGCGCGCUGUCCGCCGUCCGCCACCGCCCUUUGCGCUCUACCACGACCCGCCCGCUGCGCCGUCGCCGGCAUCGUCACCCUCGCCGACGGCGUCGCCCUCGCUCAGCCGCAUGGUCGCCACCCCGGCCUCGGCCUCGGUCUCGCCCAUCACGCCCGCCCGCCUCUCGUUCGGCUCGCCUUCGCUCUCGCCGGGCCCGCUCCCGCCCUCGCCGCCUGCGCCAGUUGUCCGCACCUGGUUCCCAGAACCAGCGCUUGUGGUCGGUCCGCUCGCACCGCGCUCGGUGGACGCACACAUCGCCUUUGCGCCCGAGCUCGAGCUCGAAACACCGACAGGCGUGCUCAUCGAGGCGUGCGCUGGUGCGCCCGUCGCGCUCCGAGCUUAUCUUGCCACCGCUGUUGUCAUGCGCAACACCUACCGCGCCGCCGGAGCACGACUCGUUGCCUCUAUUGCCCAUGCCCGUGCCCAGGCCGCAGCUGCACUCACCAUUCAGGCCUGGUUCCGCGGCGUCUCCUGUCGCGCUCGUCUCCGCGCCCAGCGGCGCGCCGCACUUGCCGCCGUCAUUGGCUCCUGGGCCGCUAACCACGUUGUCAGAGUCGACCACCAGACUCGGACCCGUGCUGCCACCUGCAUCCAGACUCACGUUCGCGGCAUGCUUGCGCGGACCGCAUGGCGCAAUACGCGCUUGCUGGCACCAAAGCUCCAGGCGCUGGCGCGCGGAUGGCUCGCUCGUUGUGCUGCCCGCCGCCGUCUUGCUGCUGCCGUUUGCAUCCAGUCGUGGUUCCGCGGCGAGGCCGUCCGCGCGAAACUCCGCGUCGCCGCCGCCGCUGCUACCAAAAUCCAGCGCUGGUACCGCGGCAUCGCCACCGUCCUUCGCUACAAGCAGCAAGUCAUGGCCAACAUGUCCAUCAACUAUGCCAUCGGCUCGGCCAUGUCGGGCGCCCGCCGCCGCAAGCAGGACUCGACCAUGGCCAAGAUCCGCUCGCUCAUCAAGUGCACCCAGCGGUCGCCCGUCAAGAGCACCGCUCGUCCCGCCGUCGCCAAGCCUGCCGCUGUCGCGCCGGCUGCUGUGCCUACUCUGGCGUCUGCGCCCGCUCCCGCGCCGGCGCCCGCUCCCGCGCCGGCACCCGCUCCGACGUCCGCGCUCGCUCCCCGCGCCAAGCUGGCGCCGCGCCAGCCGGUGGCGUCAACCCGUACGUUUAGCACAACCUCGUCGAAGAAGUCGCACUCGAUCCUCCAGGCGCUGCACGAGAAGAAGCGCAAGCUCGAGCUCAUCCGCGCCGAGCGCGCGCGGCUUCAGUCGGGCCUUGCAGCGUCGCGGACUGCGACAGCGAGUCCGCAACUACCGGCGGCGGCGCACACCGAGGCAUUGGCAUCGACGCCGGCGACCGCACCUGUUGCCGCCGCUGCGGCCACUCUUUCUGCUGCACCAAGCCCUGCUGCCGUGCCUGCAGACAAGGCGCCGGCGGAAGCGUCCGCGCCCGCGCCCGCGCCCGCACCCGCACCGCUCAUCGCCGACCCAGCGAGUAAGGCCGCGAUCCAGGCUGAGCUCUCUGACCUGGAGCGCGAGCUCAUUGACCGCGCAUGCGCUGAGCCGGCCGGCACCCGGUCAUCCCACAGCACCGACGACAGCGGUGUGGCAUCGGUCUCUGCGUACGACUUUGAUUUCAGCGACGAUGAGGCCGAGGCAGCCGAGGCUGGCAACCGGUCGGCGUUUGGCCUGGUGGAGGCUUUUGACGACGAAUCGCGCGAAGAGCUCGCCCGUCUUGUCGCGCGCAACACCACCAUCAACUCGAUCUCUCGCGUCCGCAUCCUGCAGCGCAAGCCCAAGGUGUCCAAGUCGUCGAUUGUGGCUGCGCGGCUGGCCCGCGCCAACGCCGCCCGCAACUCGGCCGCCAAGGUCCGCUGGGCUUCCAUUGUCGCCCACGAGACCUCGCUUAACUCGACGCCGACGCCCAAGAUCUCAACGCCGCCGUCGCGGCUCCGGACCCGCCCGUCACAGUUUCCGCACAAGGACUCGGCGCCGUCACCGGUCUUCAUCCAGCGCUACUAUGGGUAUUAA